AAUAAAAUUAUAAAAAGGGAAAUCUCCUUUAAUUUUCUAUCAAUGCGAACUUCGAAACCUUUUUCUCCUUUUGGUUUCUGAAAAUUCCAAUUCAUCGGAAUAACAGCACCGCCGCUGCCCGCUUUACUUUCAUUUUGGUUUCCCUUCAGAAUUUCCUGACAAACAGACAAAACUUUUCUUAUCAGAGCUCCCCAGUUGUUAAUUCUUCUCCAACCAAACAGCGAUUUGGGUAACUGUCCCUGAGUUUAUCCAUUUGCCUCGUUGUUAGCAAAAGAAAACCUACUUAGUGUCUGAAAUCCUUUUAAAUUUUUAUUGGGAUUAUAGGGUUUAGAAAAUUUUCAUCUUCGAACUUUUAAUCGGGUUUUGAGGAAAAAUGAUGAGAAGACAACAGCAAAAUCAUCGACAUCAGGAUCAGCUAUCAAGGGUUUUCUACGAGCUGUCAGCGCUGGGGCUGAAUCUUCUUCGAUCGCCGCCGGUGCCGAUGCCUUUCGCGGACCGACCACUGGAUCCGGAGACGAGACCACAUCCCCGAUCGACAUCGAGGACGAAAACGCCGGCGGGAUUCGCUUGGCUGAUGCUAGGGAUAUCGGUUUCCUUAAUGCUGUGUGGAUCAGUUACUUUCUUUAUAGGGUUCAUGUUGAUGCCUUGGGUUCUUGGUUUGCUCAUGGUUUUUUACGUUGCUGGGAUUGUCUCCACGGUUUCCGUGUUAGGUCGUUCAAUUCUUUGUUACGUCAUGGCCCCUCCGUCGCCGCGAAAAGAUAUUCCUGCGUGGAAACUUUUGUGAAGAGAAAAGGUGGUUUAGACAGAGAGUUGGAUAAUACAAUGGAGAAUUAAGAGUUCUUGGGAGUGGUGAAGCAUUUUGCUACAUACCAGGAAAACAAAUUUACCGGGAUUCUUCGAGUAUUAAUGCAGGAAAUGUGGAUAAUUCUUGCUUCAAAUGUUACUGAAAUAUGUGGAUAUGGCUUCUUUGUCUAAUAGAAGUAGUGACAUCGAAGGAUUUAACUGUCAAUGUGUACUGUAUUCUUAUUUGCGAGAAGAAAUGGAACUGCUGUUUCCAAUUUCUUUUCUAUAUUCAGUUUCUAUUGGGUAAGCCUCUGUUUUUUUCUUUC